UUGACUGUGUAUCUGCUCCUGCUGAGCACAGUGUUCUGUAGCCAAACUCUUGAAACUAGACUGGUGUGAAUGACAUACGAUGUGGCUGAAAACUACAUGCUCUCGACUGAAACAUAAAUGAGAAGUAGUUUUUAUGGAUAAACUGAUCAAAUUUUCUCUUCCUAGUGUCUUUGAUGAUGCUGGUGUCCUCGGUAUCUGUUGGAGUCCUGCUGCUGCUCCUGCUGCUGCCAUUAGUGAUGUGGCUGCUGUGCAGAAGACCACGAGCAACCAAGCAGCCUGGAAUCCUCGUCCAAAGUCAAAUGUCUGUCAGAGUCAGGCAUAAUUAUAUCAAUGCAGAUGAAGAGGAUGAUGAGGAGGACUAUGUGAAUGUUGAUGCAGUGGAAACUAAUGAAAAAAGCAAAGAAGUUGCAGUACUGGAUGAAGAAGCGAGUGAUGAUUAUGAUGACCCAGUGAGUGAUGAAGAUCAUGAUUAUGAGGAAGUGAGCCCAAAUGACAAUUACAACAAGCCCAAGGAGGCCUGUGUGAGCGUAGACGGUCACAGGGAAGAUGAAGGGGAAACUAGUGAUGAAGAAGACAACUAUGAGAACAUAUCCUCACCAUCAUUAGGUGUGGAUAAUGAUAAGGAAGAGGAAACUAGUGAUGAAGAGAACGACUAUGAGAAUGUAUCCUUACCAUCAACAGUUCAUUAUCAUUUAUAAUGACCUGAACUUCAUAAACAUCCGAAAUACAACCACAUAAAAAAUGUUCAUAAGGCU